AUGGAAUCCCAUAUGAUGUCCCGAAUGUCAGAAACAUGGAACCCUGACGCCGGCUACAAACCGCCCUCAGCUUACCACUCCGAAGCGCUGGUUGCCAUUGCUGCUGCUUUUCUUGCCCUCACACUCACGUUCACCUCGCUUCGGUUCUUUGUCAGAGGUUACAUGAUUCGUGCUUUGGGCUGGGAUGAUUGGUUCAUUCUACUGACACUUGCCUCCUUCGUCUGUCAAGCCGCCUUCCUCGUGCACAUUGCAUGGAUGGAGCAAAACCACAACUUGGAGUGGCCAAUACCUCUGUCUAGUACACUGGAGUAUGUCGUCCUUGAGUUCGCCUUCUAUGUAUUCACCACCAUGGUGCUCAAAAUCUCACUGGCCAUAUUUUUCCUGAGAAUUGUGAGCUCUCUUAUUUCCACACCCUUGGCUAGCCGUGCUGAUAUGAGGAAAUUANNGGUGUUGGAGAAGUGGCAGCGUCGAACGAUCCUCAUCAGCACUGCUGUAUUCUCAAUCUACACAUUCGGGUUGUUCUUUAUCGCCAUAUUCCAGUGUGGUUCUCCGGAUAAAUACCUCCUUCACGAAGUGCAAGGCAAAUGCACUUCCUGGGAUAUUCUUGGUCCCAUGAACUAUAUCCACGGAGUCAUGAACGCCUUGACCGACUGGAUCUUUGUGUCUCUCCCAAUUCUGGUUGUCCGCAAAGCCAACAUGAGUGGCAGAGACAAGUCGUCAGUAAUUUUUGUCCUUGUCAUUGGUGUCUUCGGCAGCGUGGCAUCAGUCGUCCGCCUCUUCUAUAUCAAGACGCUCCAUUCUGGUGACCAGGACGCCACGACCUUCUUCUCGGACGCGUCAAGCAUAGCUAUCCUGAGCACGAUCGAACCUGGCAUGGGCAUCACAGCAGCAUGUAUGGCAACUUUGAGGCCCCUGUUCAAGACUGUCCUAGACCGCACUCGCAGUCAUCUCUCGAGCACCUCUGAUAAGAACAAGCUGUCGACCGCGGAGCGUGGUACUAACUCUCACAGUGGGGUCACCUCACCACAGCAGUCUCCUGUACGCGGAGAAUUUGCGCAGUAUGGAUUUGCUUCGGAAAGCAAAUCUCGGGCAAACAGCGACAGUGAGCCACAAUUGGAGAUGUUCGAUCUCUCUACAAAAACGCCGACAACUGGCUUGGACGAAGUCGUGGUUCAGUUUGACACUGUACAAUCCGAGAGACGCGAAUCACAGAGCGAACUCCUGGCCGAGCUACAACAAGCGAGACAAGCUUACAGUGCACGCGUUUGGAGCGGAAGCGAUGACAAGCUGGCACAGCCCAACCUUCUGCUUCCUGAUAUUUGA